UGAGUAUAAAAAAGCAUUAGAGUUUUUAAAAAAAGGUUGUAAGUGUGGAUGCUCGACCAAAAUUCCCCAAGACAAGUUUGCCCAACUACGAACUCAAUUUCAAAAUCUUUCUUUACUAGAAAAAGAUGCCGUAUUAAUGGGUCAACUUCUAAAUAGUAGUGGGGGAGACACAACUACUAGUUCUCGUUUUCCCAAAAGAGAAAGAGUUAACAAGCGAACUUUCUAUUUCUUUGAAUAUAAGUUGCCUACUUGUCAAGAAACCUAUCUCAACAUGCUCGGAAUAAGUCGUAAGUAUUUAGAGAAUGUAAAAAGGCAUCUUUUCAGUAAGGGUUUAUCAACUAGGGUUCAUGGCAAUAUCGGAAAAAUACCCCAGCGGAAAACCAAGAUGUUAAUUGACCAGAAUGUUAGGGAAACAGUAGAAAAUUUUAUUAAACUUUAUGCCGAAAAGUAUGGUUUACCUAGUCCUGAAAAAACUAUAACACUUCUUCCAACUGAUAUGAGUUAUAAGUCGGUUCACAAAGAUUUUUUAGACAGUUUACCUGAAGAUAUUCCUCACAUUCAGUUCAUGUCUCCUCGUUCCGAUUUAUGUGACACUUGUCAUCAACUUCCCGAAAAAGAAAGAGAGUAUUAUAAUCAGAACGCCGAAUUAUUUAGAGAACAAAGAGAACUAGUUGAAGAAAAUUAUCUGCUUAAGCAAGGAAAAGUUGAAUAUCGUAGUCCUAGUCAAACUUAUUUCUUAACUGCUCGCAAGGUUCAUUUAUUUGGUAUUCACAACGAGGCAACUCACGAGCAAAUUAAUCCUGUUUUGGAUGAGAAUGAGAUUAUUGAGAGCAUCAGAGAAAUUAAAGAGUUGGUGUUUCCAGUAUUAAAUCCACCACCUUUAACUAUUGAACGGCAGGAGUAUCUUUAUGAGAAAAUUAGACCUUUGAUUAGUGAAAAGUUCAAAGAUAUUGUUUGUCCGCAACCAAUAUUAGAUAAUAUUCCGACUAAUAUAAGAGAUUAA